AGUUGUUUAUCAAUCGCGUGCGUUGCUGGAUGUGCGUGUCCGUUGCUCGCAGAUUAACGAUCGACAUCUUCUGUUAGUUUUUUCGUUUUUUUUUGUUUGUUGAUUCUUUUUUUUUUAUUGUUGAUGAUAUUGUUGUUGUUGUGAACGAUAAUUAAUAAAUUGAAACAGUUAAAACAAUAAGAGUGCGAGGGGAACGAAUUGAAAAUUCCUCGCGCCUUAUGCAAAUUGAAAUUAAUCAAUUUAAAAGUUGCGAAUUCUUAAAAAAGCAAAAGUGAGAGCAAAAACAAUAAAACCACAAAUAAAAUUGGCAUAAAUAAAUAUUAAAUGAAGUUUAAUUUAAAUUUGUGUUUUGACAUUCUGUGAGUUUGGAGCUAGCAGCGUUUGAUAAAGGUUCCAUUAAAAAAACAAAUAAAAAUUAUUAACGUUUAGUAGACACGCAACAUCAGUUCGGUGUGUUUGAAGCAGUGGCAACGACAUGUGCAGCAAGUGCAACGGCCACAGCGAUCGAAAAGAAUAACUUUAAAAACUUCAGAAAUAACGAGUGAAAGUUUUAACUGAGAGACAAACAGAGGGAGGGGAACAACGAGAGAGAGAGAGAGAGGGAGAAAGAGGGUGGGAGUGGGAGUGGGAGAUCUAGUAACGAUACUCUCUCUCUUAUCCAAACGAACGAGACAAUGCACGACUCGCCGGUGUUGGGCCAACGCUAAGUGAAGAGCGUGUUAAGUCCAUGCACGACAAUUAGUUACAAAUUGAAACCCAUUUUCCCCCUGCAAGCUGAAACGGUGUUGAAAAACGCGUAGAAGAGAAACGAAUACAAAUACGAAUAGAACGAGUUGAGAAUCGAGAGAUUCAAUAAAACGAUCGAUUAAACCUUGGGCGCCAUGGCAAUGCUCGAGGCGCGGCCGUACAGGCCAUUCAAGUCCAGUGAAGAGUACCUGGAGGCGAUGAAGGAGGAUCUGGCCGAAUGGCUGAGCACCCUCUAUCCGGAGCUGGAAAUUAAGGCGGAGAAUUUUAUGGAUCGCCUGGAUACGGGCGUGGCGCUCUGCAAGCACGCAAAUUAUGUGCGACAAGCAGCCGAGGACUAUUUGGCCCGCCGACAGGCGCGCAACAAAUCAAUGACACGCUCCAUGACUUCCGGCUUGGCCGGACCGAUCCUCGCCCUGGGCAACGUCUACUAUCUGCCCGCAGCCAAGAGCGGCACGUUCUUUGCGCGCGACAAUGUCUCCAAUUUCAUAACCUGGUGCAGAAAGAGCCUGAAGAUCAUCGAGUGCCUAUUGUUCGAAACGGACGAUCUGAUCAUGCGCAAGAACGAGAAGCAUGUGAUACUCUGCCUGCUGGAGGUGGCCAGACGUGGCGCCAAGUUUGGCAUGCUAGCGCCGAUGCUUGUGCAAAUGGAGCGACAAAUCGAUCGCGAAAUCGCGGCCGAUAACAAAGCCAACGGCGUUGGUUGUGGCACACAAACAAACAACGGCUGCUCGGAGAGCGGCACUCAAACGGAGGCGCCACCUAUCGGCGACGAGUGUGUGGCCAACGAGACGGAUCUGUACGACAGCGAUACAGAGAACGAGGAUGAGAACGACAAGGAUCCGAUGCUGAUGUACGGACCCCAGCCACAGAUCAUAACCAACGAUCUGAAGAGCCUCGACGAGAUGGUCAGAGAUUUGGUGGAGAAGUGCACAUGCCCCUCACAGUUUCCCAUGGUGCGCGUUUCCGAGGGCAAAUAUCGCAUCGGCGACACCAAAGUCCUCAUCUUUGUGCGGAUCUUGCGCUCGCAUGUGAUGGUGCGCGUGGGCGGAGGCUGGGACACGCUCUCCCAUUAUCUGGACAAGCACGAUCCCUGCCGCUGUCGGGCCCAGCAUCGCAGCUCGCUGCAGGCGCGUCUGAUGAUCCGCAACACGAGCAAUUCCGGCAAUGGCAUUGAGCUGCACAAGGCGCAUGUGAUAUACGAACGCUCACCACCAGCAGCUCGACGCGUGUUAUCGAAUGGCGCAACUGGUUCCGGUUCUGGUUCCGGUGCCGUUUCACCAGCCGCUGGCGCUGGCGGCACCUCACCCAAUGCCAGUCUAGCAUCCAAUGGCGGCAGCGCCGUCGCCGUGAAGCAUCGCAGUCGCAGCCCGACGCCACAGCGCAAGUUCUUGAACCAGACAAACGGAUUGGCCCAGACCGGAUUGGAGCCGUUGCCGGCGGGCUCGCCCUACCUGGCCCGGCGCUCCAUGUCGCCCAGUCAGCGGCGCAUCAACGAUAUGCGCAAGAAGCAGAGCUCGCUGGACGGCUACAGCAGCGGACCGAAGUCCCUGCCCGCUGGCUCGGGCGCAGGAGGCGCAGAUGGGCAGGAGGAGUCCACAUCAUCAUCGUCGUCGUCGUCGUCGUCGGCGGCAACGGCGGCAACAGUCGCUGCAAUCGUCCAGCCCGAGCAGAGCAACAAGUUCGAGAACAUCAGCGACAAUGGCAGCGAGAUCAGUGACGAGGGCUACCGCAGCCUGGGCGUCAUCCAGUCGAAUGCACAGAAGCGCGAGUCCCUGCACAGUCAGGCCUCCAUCGAGGACGCUGAAACGAAUGCGCGUCUCGAUCAAACGUCAAGCGACUCGCAGAGCUCGCCCACGGAUGAGCACGAGCAGGAGCAGGAGCAUGACCGGGAGCAGGAGCAGGAGCAGGAGCAGGAGCAGGAACCAGUGCCUGAGGUGGAACUCAAGACGAAUUGUGUGCAGGAGGCAGAGCCGGUGCCAGACUACUCCAUCUGCGAGCUGGACGGACCCCAAUCGCUGCCCGCUGUGCUGCCCUGGCGCAAGACCGCCUGCGUCAGCAAGUUCGAGCAGUCCGGCGUGUUCAUUACGGAUGAUGAGAUUACAGUGACCACAGAUCCAGCAGAGGCGGUGCCAGUGCCAGUGGCAGUGGCAGAACCAGAGACACAGGCAGAGGCAGGCGGCAACAAGGCGCCGCCGGCAGCGGGUCUCAGCAAGAUACCGCGCUCGCCCCUCGCCAGUCGUCGGCGCCGCAGCAGCAUCGACAACAGCACCUGCGGCAGCAGCAACGGCGGCAGUCUGCAGGACUUGCACAGCAUCAACCGGAAGCAGCCCGUCUAUCAGUCGGUGCGUCGCCCGCCGGCCACGCCCAGACCGAAGGCCUCGCAGCUGCCGCUGGUGCGCGACGUGACCAAUACGUGGAGCGGACGCAGUGCACCCCAGAAUGGAAUCGCCGCCAGCAAGAAGCGGCCCACCAUCAAUCCGGACACGUUUGCGCCGCCCACUGGCGCAGCCGCUGCGACGUCCACGUCGCCGUCGCCGUCGCCCUUUGAGCGCGGCAGCAAGACGCGCCACUCGCAGAUCCUCUACGACAGCAACGGACGGCGGGUGCGCGGCGGCUGCAGCAGCUCGCUGACGACGUCGCCCGUGAAGAACCAUGCCGCCUCGCCGCUGGCCCAGCAGCUGCUCGAGGCGGCGAGCAGUUCCAAGAAUGAUGCACAGAUUCUGGAGAAGAUGAAGUCGCUGCUCUAUCGCUAUGCCGCCGGCAAUCAACAGAAGCAGCAGCCACAGCAGCAGCAGCGGUCGGGCAAUGGCAAGAAGACGCCCGUCUACGAGGACUUCACAUCGGCCUGGGUCCACAGCAACGGCAAUUUGGAGCGCUCCGAGAGCUGCUCGCCGCCGGCCAAGGCGCGCUCCAAGCGCAGCUCGGCCGCCUCCUCCUGCGGCAGCAACAAUUCAGCUGGAGCUGCCGCUGCCGCUGCUGCUGCAGUCAUAUCGCCACGCAGGGAGCGCGGCCUGUCCAAGAUUCCGGCACCAGUGCGUCAGCACACGGAGCUUUAUUAACGGCGCGCCAAGGCGCAAGCCAGGCACAGCCCGAUCACAGUGAAGCACGGGCGCCCUAGACCAUAACUAAGCUAAAGGAAUUGUCCGUCUAUAUGUCUGGGUGGCUUGUUAGAUUGUAGCGAACGCAGCCGUUCCAAUAGACCUCAGCAAGCUAACAACAUACUCGUCUCUCUCCACACAAAUAUAUAUAUAUAGAUAUAUACAAGAAUACAGGAAUAGGAACUGAAGGAAAGGGAAAAGGAAAAUCAAUAUAAACUGCAACUGCCUCAUUAGAUCCCCAGGAACUCGGCCAAUCCAUGCACCAGUGCCAGCAGCAAUCAUAUUCCAGAGAAAUCCUUAAGCCAGCCACGUCUACUCGCUGUUCUUGCUGAACGCUCUCUGCUCUACGCUAAACUCUUACUCUUAACUCUUAACAUGUCAGCUUACUCGUUGCUGUCACUCGCUGCUACGUCUCUUUACAAAUAACGAGUGCAGGCGGUGUUUAAGAGCUGUACUGCAGCAAUGCUUCCAUUAGCUUCACGGUCGUCACUCGUUGCAUUUCUAUCAAGCGAGUGACGAGUGCAGCUAAGCUCUCGUCUCUCUCGUUACUCUCCUGGAAAGUAAAUUGAUCGCUACUCGUCACAUUUCUAUCUAGCGAGUAAACAGUAAAGCUUAGCUCUCUUACAGAAGUCAAUGACUCGUUCACUCGUUCUACUCGCUCGUCUAGCAAGUAGCUCAAUCGCUACUCGCUACUCGCCACUCGCUACUCGUCGUGAUUGCUUGUGACCUGCGUGCCGUGCGAUGCGUCGAGAACCAAACAUUUACAAUCCAAAAUUGAGACUUUCAAAUUACAAUUUUAACGUUUCCUCUUCUAUAUACGGAUAUACAUACAUAUAUACGGAUUUUUUUCGAAUAGAACCUAAAGAUAAGAUAGUUUUUUUUUGGCAUACAAAAUCUUAAGGAACUCUGAUGCAUUGCUCCCGUGAUAGAUCUUAGAAGCAAAGAAAAUAAAAAAAUAAAUAAUAAUAAUAAUAAUUAAAAACAUAGAAAGCGCAUAAUUUUCUAGAAGUUUUACGAUUAGUGUACGUACACUCACACACCCACGCUCACGGCAUGCUGUGAGUAAAAGAGAGAGAGGAAGAGAAACAAUUUGUAAAUAGGAAAAAUAAUGGGAAAGAAAAGAACUUUUGCCUAAUUAAUUGGGUUUAUGUAAUAAAAGGUAACUAAUUAGGACUGAUUGUAGAGCAUGCAUGUGUGUACAUGUAUGCGUAUGUGCAUGUGGCGUGUGCGUGUGUGUGUGUGUUUAUAUAUGUGUGCGUACUUAAUUAUUUCCAGCAUAGCCUUAAAAAGAAAAUGGAAAAUUUAUUUUUAUACGCAAGCCAUCAAAGCGAAAAACGAGGGAAUAAAAUGAGAAAAUUUUAAACAAAAACAAAAUUACGAUUUUACAUGACGACGUAAAGAUAUACAAACCAUAAGAAAGGAGCAGACAUAAUAAAAAACAACAACACUAUAAUAAUUACAAACAACAAUAAUAAUAGUUAAAAGCACAGUUGAGCAUUAGUUAGGAUUGUUAGAGCAGCUGUCGAAGAACUUAAUGAAUUUUGGUGCUUUAUAUAGGUCAGGCAGACACCGAAGAUAAUUUCCAUAUUAUGCCCCCAAAUCAGAACUAUAUAUAGUACAUAUAUAAAGGUCACAAAAAGUUUUCGAAUUUUAAGUGGAAUGCUUCUUAUACUAUAUAUAAACCCCAUAUAACUAAAAAAAAAAAAAAAAAAAACUUAAAAAAACCCAUAACCGAACUAUGUAAAAGCCUAAUAUAAUAUUUCAUUUGACCACAAAAUAUUAGAAUAAUUUUAAAUAUAAAUAUAAUUUUUUUUUUUUUUGCUUUUUGUAAUAGCAAAGUUUAGUACGUCGUACCUUUAUAAAGCAGCAUAUAAAAAUAUAUAGCAUAUAUAUAUAAUUUCAAGUCAAGUUUCUGUUAAACAAAAUGUAUCCAACGCAAGCAAACCACAUAUAUCUAUAUGUAUGCGAUUAUUCUCUGCUAUAUCUAAGAGCCUAAGCUCAUAACUAUAUAUAUAUAUAUAUAACAAAACAAUAUAUAAAACAAAAACAUGAACAAGAAAAAGAAAACAACAUAUGUAGAUCAAAUCGAAACAAUAACACUACAAAUUUCAUUUCAGCAAAAUGACAAUUUAAUUGUUUACACAACACGCA